AAUUUGCCAGAUCUUGGUGAACAGUGGAAUCAAAAAUUAACAGAGGCGAUCGAGAGAAGGCCUUUGUGCAGAGAUCGUUCGGAUCGAGCAACUGCUCAACAGGUUCUGGAUAAACGAACUCUGCUUGUACUGCGGCGGCUUUUGCAACGAGGUGUUUUUGAAAGCAUUGAAGGAUGUCUGAGCACUGGAAAAGAGGCAAAUAUCUAUCAUGCAAAAACAGAAAGCGGUAAAAGCAUCGCUGUCAAAGUUUAUAAAACAAGCAUACUUAUAUUUCGAGACCGCGACAGAUACGUCACUGGCGAAUACAGAUAUCGGCAUGGUUAUUGUAAGGGUAAUCCGAGGAAAAUGGUCACAGUUUGGGCUGAGAAAGAAAUGCGGAAUUUAUCUCGCAUGCAUUCGGCUGGACUUCCGGUACCCGAACCCAAAAUUGUCAAACAGAAUGUUUUGGUUAUGGAUUUUAUUGGCAGUGACGGUUGGCCUGCACCGCUUCUAAAGGCCUCUGUGCUCUCAGUCCGCGAUCUUUUUCGCUUGGUAGCCGACCCAUCCGUCAGUUCCCAAGAGGAGUCAGCAGAAACUCCAGCCGAUGAUGCCCUGUUCAUGAAUGCCUUCAUUGCGCAACGCUUAGAGCAAGUGCUGCAUUUUGGACGUGACCAGCAAAUCGAGAAAGAAGGAGGAGAGAUACCGAAUCCCUUUCAAACAAUGAUUUUGCAAGUGAAACACAACAAAGAUGAUGAUAUUGAAAAAGUAAGCAUUUGGUCAAUGCUUUGUCGUGAUUGUUAUGUGCGAUUCAGAAUUGAAGCGUUUACAAAACAUUUUUGA